AUGAAGCCCUCCGACCAGGCACCGCUGUUCCGUCGGCCCUCCUCCACUCCUCACUACCAGACCUUUGGCGGGAUCACUCCUCCGAGAUCUCGAGGCAGGCCGCUCUCGGACUCCUCCAACUCCUCCAGCCAUGACCUCCACCAUGCAGAAAGACACCACCAGAGCUCGCCUCUACCUAAGAAGCAGAUGGCAAUCCUGGCGGUGAUAGCUCUAUGUGAACAGACGGCGCUCAAUUCCAUCAGCCCCUAUCUGCCUGAGAUGGCGUCUACAUUCCCCGAAGUGAAACCUGGACAGGUCGGCUUCUAUGUGGGAUUAAUAGCCUCGGCCUUUGCGCUGGCCCAGCUGGCCACAAACUUCUUCUGGGGUUGGCUGUCAGACCACAUAGGGCGGAAGCCUGUGAUCUUGAUGGGGACUUUGUUCACUGCUGCCUGCUUCAUCGCCUUCGGCUUUGUCAAAACGCUGUGGCAGGCGAUAUUGGUGCAGGCUCUGAUGGGUCUUUUGAACGGGAAUCAAGGAGUAGUCUCGACCUGUCUGGGAGAGAUCACAGACCGCAGCAACCAGUCCAAGGCGUUCACCUAUCUGCCUGUCCUCUAUGGACUUGGAGGUAUCACUGGUCCAGUCAUCGGCGGAGUUCUCGUGUAUCAGAGGAACCCUUUCAACAAGUCGCAACCCAACCCCUACCCAUUUCUCUUGCCCAAUCUGCUUUCUGCCGCCGUUCUGUGUGUCGACCUCGUCCUCACGGCGAUAUUCCUCGAGGAGAGCUUGGAGGAGGCACCGUAUCUCGGACCCAUCACUCAUCGGGUCAAGAGUCUCUUUGCCUGGCUGUGGGAGUUCACAGCCUCAACCAGACCACAUUAUUUGAGAAGGCGUAAGAGCAAGGCACACCAAACGCACAGUAAUGGACUUGCCGAGGUGUCAGAUGACGAAGACGCUGACGGAACAGCGGAGAAUCAAGCACUGUUCCCUCAGACGGAGGAACUGAAGAAGAGCGACGUGCUCAACCGAGAUACCAUCCUCCUACUUUUGACAUACCUCAUCUUCCAGUUGUCCAACGUCUCUUUCAACUCGCUCUACCCAAUCUUCGCGCAGGCGGCACCUCCGACUGGGCGGGGGUUGGAUCCGGAAGAGAUAGGCCUCUCACUUGGAUUCGCCGGCGUGGUGACUAUCUUGUUCCAGAUCGGCAUAUUUGGAAAACUGCGGGAUAAGGUGGGAAACAGGUGGGCAUACCGGGCUGGACUGGGCGGCUUUGUGAUAGCCUACCUUCUCAUGCCCUUUGUCGGCUACAAGGGCAAAGGCGACGGUACAGAAGCCGUCUCAUUCGGCGCGGUAUGGUUAUGGAUCGAGAUCGGUUUCGUCCUCCUCAUUAAGACUGUGGCGGCAGUCGGAGGUCUCACAAGCGCUCUACUGUUGAUCACCAAUUCUGCCCCUAAUCACUCUGUCCUUGGAACACUCAAUGGUCUGGCCCAGACGCUGUCCGCGGCAGGCCGGGCGGUCGGUCCAUUCGUGUCGGGUGGCAUCUUCUCCCUCUCCACCAAGGUCCGUCCGAAAGGCGAGGCUUUGGCGUUUGGUACCUUUGGCGGAGUGGCCUUUGUGGGCUUCCUUCUCAGCUUUGGGAUCAGGUCUCCAAACUUGGAGGCGGAGGGUUGGGAGUCGGGGGACGAAGAAGAUGAAGACGACGAAGAAGACGACGACGAUGGGAGCGAUAAAUCGGUGAAUGAAGAGAACUGA